AUACUGACUCCAUCCUGUUGGACGGAUCAUCUUUAUUAAUUGGAGGCCCUUUAAACUUUCGAAACGGGGGCCCGAUUACUUAAUGCUGACGCGAAAAAAAACCCUGAUCUUGAGCUAAUCAGCUGCUGCUGUUUCAGCUAAUGCCUUAGGUUUCCAAGUAUAAGAAGAACUUACCAAUUGUUUACAGAUAGGUUUACGGACCCACCCACCGUAGGAAAUCACCCCCACCCUAUAUCUGCGCCGUAUCAACCUUAAUCUGGUCUGUUAAACUAACAUAGAAUUGUCCAAAAGCUGCGUCGUCUGAUAUCAUCUGACAAGCAUGCCUGGCAUACCUCUCGUGGAUCGUGAAAUCACAAGUGCAGAUCAAAUGUGCCGCCAAGGUUGUAUCCUACAUUUGUCCGAGGAAGAGGAAAUUGCAGCUGAAGAAAGCCUUAAACUUUAUUGCAAGCCUGUAGAGCUCUACAAUAUUCUUCAACGACGUGCUAUAAGAAAUCCAUCAUUUCUCCAGAGAUGCCUACGGUACAAAGUACAGGAAAAAAACAAAAGGAGGGUCCAGAUACCAGUUUCUGUUUCAGGGACUCUGAUCAAUGGAUUUCAACAUCAAAAUCUUUUCCCUAUUUGCAUAAUGUUGGCUAAGCCAGUUGCUGACUUUGGAGUUACAGAUACUUAUUCUGCAGUUUAUCGCUUUAGUCGAGCAGUUAUCCUAACUACUUCAACUGGAGCUGAAACAAAGUUUACCUUUCCAGACAUUAAAAAGUUGGAGGGGGAGAUUAAAUCUGGUUCUCUUUUUAUUCUGUUUGUCAGCUUUGCUCAAUUAGGAGAAUCAGUUUCUGCUAUUGAUCUGACAAAGUAUUGUACAGAUGCAUCACAUUGUCCAACAAACAUUGAAGGAUGCUGCCUAUUUGGCAAAAUACCCAUGGAAAAGUCUCCCAACUUGAGUUUAGGGGAGAAGGGGGAGAUGACGACCUCCAUUGAAAUGCACUCUUCAUUUAUGAAGUUAAGUUGCACAGACAAGGACAAAUUUAUUUCAUUUCAGACCCCUUACAACUCUGAUGCUGAGUCUGCUCCAAAGCAAGUGGAAGAUAUUAUUUGUGCAGAAGAAGUUGGUGCAAAAGACAAAUCCCCUUAUGACUCAUACGACAGUACUCUUAAUACUUCAUUGUACCGUGUUAUCCGGUUGAGAAGUGGUAAUGUAGUAUUCAACUUCAGGUACCUUAACAAUAAGCUGCAGAGAACAGAAGUUGUAGAAGACUCCUCUUGCCCGUUCUGUUUGGCCAAAUGUGGUAGUUUUAAGGGUUUGAGAUACCAUUUAUCCUCAUCUCAUGAUCUAUUCAACUUUGAGUUUUGGGUCAAAGGUGAGAUUCAAGCUGUGAAUGUAUCUGUAAAAACUGAGGUUGAGCAAUCUGAGGUCGCUGCUGCCGAUUGUGUCGAUCCUCAGCAACAGGCCUUUUUCUUUUGUUCAAAGCUACUAAAGCGUAGAAAAGCAAUCAAUCUUCUGCAGAAUUCGAAGCAUGUUCAUCCACUGAUCAUAGAUUCUGACUACCCAUCUGCAGUUAACGAAGUUCAGGACAAGGCUGAUGGUAUCGCAGAGUUCUUGGAUCGUGAUAUACCCAUUUCUGAUGUCACUGGAAUGUCAAAGGGUAUUGCUCAAUCACAAUCACAUGCCGAUCCUGAAGGUAUCCAAUCGAUAGCUGGAAACAAUCUCGAACCUACUACCUUGCCACAGCUUGCGAAGAAGAAAAAGUUAUCCAUUGCGCGUUCUGACCCAAGGAAUCGUGCCUUGUUGGAGAAACGCCCAUUCAUCCACUCCCAAAGUGCACAGCCUAUGGCAUUGGAAGAAGUUUUGGCAGAUCGUGACAGUGAAGAUGAGGUUGACAAUGAUGUUGUGGAUAUUGAAGAUCGAAGGAGGCUUAAUGAGUUUGUGGACGUUACCAAAGACGAAAAAGAAAUGAUGUUAAUGUGGAACACAUUUGCGAGGAAACAGCGAAUAAUUGCAGACGGUCACAUGCCUUGGGCUUGUGUAGCAUUUUCAAAACUGCAUGGCCGAGCUCUUGUUGAUUCGCCAUCACUGCUAUGGUGCUGGAGAUUAUUUUUGAUAAAGCUAUGGAAGCACGGGCUGAUUGGUGGACGGAACAUUAACGAUUGUAACCUAAUAUUUGAAAAGAUUCAGAAAAAAGAUGCGGAGGAUCCUGAGAAGAAGAGCUAGGAUGGUGGUGAUGAUAUAUUUGGAUUUUGUUAAAGGUGUCAAG